AUGGUGAAGAUAGCAUUCAACUCUGCUCUGGCGCAGAAAGCCCUGCAAGGGAAGGAGGCUGGGCUGGUGUCGGAGAAAGUAAGUUUCUCUGUCUUGACAUUAGCGGUGGUCUGAUGGCGCUGCAGCGGGACAGAAGAGGCCUUCCCCCGGCCACAACACCACUCAGAGACCCGGUAGACUAGACACACUGGAGCCCGCCGGCGGUGCAGUGGUCAUAAAAGCUAGAAGCACAUAGCAGAAUGAACCAGUAUGUGUGCGCUAGAGGUCUGUAGAGCACCGAUACUGUGGUUGAAUAGAUGCUACGCUCCGUUUGUUGUGAGAUGCGCCAUGAUUUGGGACCGCCCAUUUUAGAAUUUCGACAGCUGUCAGUUAAUGGUGAAGUUUCCGUCAGAUUGAAAAAUGGUUGCGCUGUCCUUAUUAAAUAAUAUACAUAUAAGACAAUGUAGCUUAUUAUGUUACUGCAUUAAACGUUGCACAAUUUGACACGUUUUUUUUCUAUUUGAAACAUUGUUGCACUGUACUGUUUUAGAAUACCCAAUUGAUGGGUUUACAUGUUGCUACAUUUCACUGUGUGUGUGUGUGUAGGACCCUGAGGCAGCUGUGGGUAACCUUAGCAGCAGUAAUCAAGGCUCUACAGGGAGAUGUGUCCUCACUCUACUGGGACUAGCAUUCAUCCUGACUGGGGCCAUAGUAGGAGCAGCCUGCCUCUACCGAUACUACACACCCAAGGUACUGAAUCUUUUGUAUUUUUAUCAUGUUACCCCUGCUUGCAAACCAAAUUUCUCUCUUGGGGCAUUACAUUUUGAUUGCCCCCCUGCUGUUCUUCCUCUGUAGAGGCUGUACCACGGGGCAAUGCAGUUCAGUGAGGUGUCCAGCGGGGCGGCGGUAGAGAGCCAGCCCUACUAUCUUCCCCGCGUUGAGGAGGAAGUAGAGAUCUCUGACAGCAUGGCCACCAUCAGUGUCUCAACCCCUCGCUUUGCCCAGGGAGACCCCGCAUAUAUCCUGCACGACUUCCAAAGGGUACACACACCUAGACACACACUGAUUCCUGAUUUAAUUUAGGAUUUUAAACAAAUCUGACAGAGUUGACCAAAUCUCCAGACACAUCUUUUAGGAAUCACAGUUUUGAUAUAAAUAUUCUUUAAUGUCACAGAGGGCUACAUAACAUAAUUAUUCAGUUAAUAUCCAUUAUUGACCAUUUUUAGAAUUGUUAACACUUUUUUGGAGAGUGUUGAAAUUGGGAUCCUUUGCUCCAGACAAGGAAUUGAAUUAGGCAUAGAGACGACAUGAAAUUGAAUUAUAUUGAAAUUAUUUAGAAAAUUCCCAAAACAAAUAUUUUCCCCUAAAUGUACAUUUUAAGCUCAAAUAAUGCAGCAAAAUCCAUUUUUUAAACAAUUAAAAUAACGUUUCCCUGCCGGACAAGGAUUGACUUUCAAGAAUCCCUGAGCUAAUUUCUUGCUAUCCGACACAUUUUGCCAUGAGGCUGAGAGAGAACUUUGCAGUUUUAAAGGUAAUUUCCUGUAAUAAUAAUUUUUAAAAAUCAUAGCUUAUGACGUGUUUAUAGUUUAUAUGCUGUCAAGGGGGCUCGACCUCCGGGGGUACAGCAACCCAAAACGAUUAAUAAAUUAUUAUUAUUUUGGUUUGGGGCCCCCAAAUGUCGUGCCCCCCCCCAAACGUACAAACAUACGGCCUAAAUACAACUACACAAACAUUCCAUUACAUGAAACCCGGCUGUUUUGUUGUUGUAAUGGAUGAUGGCAGACAUAAGUGAGUGUUUUCUGACUUAUUUCUGGUGUGUGUGUGUAGAAGCUGACGGCAUAUCUGGACCUGACUCUGAGGACAUGUUUUGUGAUUCCCCUGAACACCUCGGUGGUUCUGCCUCCUCAAGACCUCAUGGACCUCUUCAUGCAGUUAAUG